UAUGUUGAACCAAGAUGAUGCGAAAGCCUGACGUCGCACACCCCAGUAGUAGUUGGCUGAGUUUGGGUGGGAAAAAGAGUGGCCAACUCUCAUUCGGUUUUUUGGCUUGUUCCUCCUAAAAUCAACAAUGAGCCCAGACUCAGACAAACCUCCAUCUCAAAAGCAACAAGAACAGGAAGCAGAUCAGCAACAGACUGGCAGCUCUCAGGACGCAAAGAAGAAAAGAAAUGGGCCAAAAAGAAGAAAAGUCUCUCAUGCUUGCGUAUACUGUAGACGAUCACACAUGACUUGCGACGAUGGGCGCCCUUGUCAACGCUGUAUAAAGCGCAGCAUUGGCCAUUUGUGCCACGACGAGCCGAAGCCUUCCAGCAGUGCAAAUAGAACGCCGCAAAGCAAACCGUUAAACGCAGGAAAGAAUGAACAAACAACAGGAUCUUCAGCUCUGUAUAAAGGUGAUUCCGGUCAAGCCAGCAGCAGCAUGCCACUGCAACUUUUUGGAAACCAAAUGGCAGGUGGUCCUCUAACCUUUGCUAGCGAGCAUAUGGGUAACGAAAUUUCAGUCAUUAGCGCAUUUUUAGACUCUCUUGGAGGGGAUGUUCAAACACUAUUCUCCAAUAACGAAAACAGUGGCAAUAGUCAAAGCGCUACUCCACCAAUCAAUAACCCGGCCGAAAAUUACUAUAUCACAGCAGCAGACCCGAGAGAUGGAAGGCUGGAAGAUCGACUGACAGAGGUGAUAAAUGCCAAAUACGAAGCAGGUUUUUUACGGCCGUAUAAUUACGUUAAUGGAUAUGCACGACUUCAGAAGUUCAUGGACAGCAACAUGUCUCCGUCUAGUCGUCAAAGAAUCCUGAAUGUUAUGGGAACAUUUCGUCCAGCAUUUCGACACGUAGCUCAGUCGCUCACAGACAUUGAUUUAAUCUUGGUUGAGGAAGCUUUCGAACGAUUGUUGCUGGACUAUGAUAGAGUUUUCAGUUCAAUGGGCAUACCUGCCUGCUUAUGGAGACGUACGGGAGAAAUCUAUAGAGGAAACAAAGAAUUUGCACAGCUUGUCAAUGUACCAAUCCAAAUGCUGCGGGAGGGCCGAUUGUGUAUAUACGAACUCAUGGCUGAGGAGUCUGCUGUUAAUUAUUGGGAGAAAUAUGGGAAUAUAGCAUUUGAUGCUGGGCAAAAAGCUGUUUUGACAUCGUGUUUAUUGAAGAACCCGGAACCAGAAAAUACAAGUGUCAUGUCCUGCUGUUUCUCCUUCACUAUCAGGCGCGAUAAAUACAAUAUACCGACCGUCAUUGUUGGCAAUUUUUUGCCGGUUCAAUUGCAAUGAUAUAUAACGACACUAUCCAAAAUUUCGUAUUGUCAACAUAUGCGAAAAUGAAAAAAAUACGAUGCCAGGAAAGAUGAUGGGAUAUAGUCACCGCCGUUGAUAAUUGAAAUGUUCAUAAUCAUUUCUGCAUGUUCCGUCUGUACAGUCUAUUGAUUUGCACAUCGUUAAUAUCACUAAGUCUUGCACUUUGGCAUCUUACAAUACAACUCAUGAAUUACUCUUGUAAUAAUAUCUAGUGAUGUAUCUACUGUCUGUGAGUCAGUUUCUUGCAACAUGAUGUCUACAGCAAAAAUUCAAG